AUGAGUGCAGCUGGAGAGCACACAGACAUCCUGUCAGUGUCAGACGUGGUCCGGGAUCGAUGGAAAGUGCUCAGAAAGAUUGGUGGUGGAGGCUUUGGGGAGAUUUAUGAGGUGCUGGACCAGCUGACCCAGGCCACUGUGGCUCUGAAGGUGGAGUCAGCACAGCAGCCCAAACAGGUGCUCAAGAUGGAGGUGGCAGUGCUCAAGAAGCUCCAGGGUAAAGAUCAUGUGUGCCGUUUUGUUGGCUGUGGGCGAAAUGACCGCUUCAACUACGUGGUGAUGGAGCUGCAGGGGAGGAAUCUGGCAGACCUGCGCAGGACCAUGGCCCGGGGAACCUUUUCUGUCUCCACUACACUACGCCUGGGCAAGCAGAUCCUGGAGGCCAUUGAGAGUAUCCACUCUGUGGGCUUUCUGCACCGCGACAUUAAGCCUUCUAACUUCGCUAUGGGGAGGCUGGCCAGUACAUGCCGUUGCUGCUACAUGCUGGACUUCGGCUUGGCGCGACAGUUCACAAACUCAAGCCAGGAAGUACGGCCGCCGCGUCCUGUGGCGGGCUUCAGAGGAACGGUCCGAUACGCUUCUAUCAAUGCUCACAAAAACAAAGAAAUGGGGCGCCAUGAUGACCUGUGGUCUCUGUUCUACAUGUUGGUGGAGUUCACAGUGGGCCAGCUUCCCUGGAGGAAAAUCAAAGACAAGGAACAAGUGGGAAACUUAAAGGAGACGUAUGACCACCGGCUGAUGCUCAAACACCUGCCCUCAGAGUUUAGCAUGUUCCUGGACCACAUCUCCACUCUGGACUACUUCACCAAACCCGACUACCAGCUCCUGACGUCCGUGUUCGACAAAGCCAUGAAAUGCCAUGGCGUGCUGGAAAACGAGGCGUACGACUGGGAGAAGUGCGACACAGAAGACACCCUCAACAUCACGGCUGCCGCAAACACUCAGCAGCUCACCCGCCUCACCCCAGCUUACUUAGGGAUGGCCAACGCGUCUGUGCUACCGGGUGAGCUGCAGCGCGAGAACACAGAGGACGUACUGCAGGGAGAGAGGCUGAGUGACGCUGACAACUGCCCCCCCAUCCCCACCCCUACCACAGCGCCCCCCGCUGGGGAGUCCUGGGACCACACAGAGCGCAACCGCAACCUCAAGCCAGCCACCCAGCCAGUCAUCCGGAAGGUGGUGAGUGAGGAUGAACACAGUCAGAACCAGGGGAACCAGUCUCCAAACACCGGCUCCAUGCAGAGCUCCCCGCGCCGGGUGCGCUCUGAGACCAUGUUUUUGGAGAGAGCAGCCCCUCUGCUUCGCCGCAUCAGACACAGUCAGAGUCUGGCCUUCGAGAAGAGACUGGCCCCGGAGCCCAAGCCCACCAUUGAGCGCUUUCUUGAAGCAUACCUAGGGAAGCAGCGUCCCAUUCUUUUCCAUGUGGGGGAGAAGUCCAUCCCAGAGAGGGCAGCACAGAGCGGGGCAGAGGACAAGUACUCUGGCACCGCCACCCCAGACCCAGAGGAGGGCUUUGUGGCCCUCAACCUCAGCCCCAUGCCACAGGAGGGAAACAGCCAAGAGUGGGUCAUGUUGGAGCUGGAGCAGGGGAGCCAAGCCAAAGGAGAGGGGCCUAAAGAGGAUAAUACUGGAACUGUCCCAUUUGAGGAGUCAGAAGCUCCAGAGCGCCAGACCUUGGUCCCUUCCAGCCCUGUCCUGUCUCCAGUGUCCGUCCCAGGGACCUGGCUCCUGGGACACCGCAGACUUCCUGGAAUGUUUGGACACAUGCCAUCAGUCAUGAUGGGCCGCAGCCAAGAGCAGUCAUCCAGUGGUCUGUCUCAGUCCCCAGUGCAGGACAGGAGUGACAGCAUCCCCUUGGAGGCUCCUCUGGCUCAGGCUGAGGACGAAGACCCCACCAAAGAGACUGCAAAGACCCCUGCCAAGUCCUCCACACCCCACCUGACUCCGGAGCGUGACCCAGAGAGUGACUCUGGUCUGCCUGACCGCUCAUCCGAUCCUCCGCAGCAGCCACCUGCCCCUGUGCUCCGUGCAGGCUCUCCGAGGUUUAGCCGCAUCCCCGUCAGAGACUGUACCGGGAACAAGCGCUGGAGCAGCCCCCUGCACGGCUCACCCACACACUCGCCCUCGCCUUCCCUGUCCUGUGACAACCUGCCCUGUGCCCUGCCCCGCGACCGUCUGUCCUGGGAGCGUGACGAGCCACUGUCCCUCAGCUCCAGCUCAGGGAGCAGGAGCAAGAUCCCCCGUCCCGUCAGCGCCACCUUUGUGUCGGAGCAGAUCACCGGCAAGUUCAUGCCCAGGCCGCCCCCAGGCAGGCCCCCGCUGCGUGUUGGGGCGGACCAAAAUUACAGAAGACGUCGCCUGCGGAUGCGCGCCUCCAGCACCAGUGACGCAGACUUCCUCUCCAGCCUGAGUGCCCUGGUCCAGGAGCGGGCGGGGCUUCUACUGAGCCCGCCACCUCGCCCUCGCAGCUCAUCCUCCUGUCUUCAGCGCUCACUCAGCUCGUCCCCGCCACCACCCGCCACACGUACGCCACCACCUGCACGCCCUCAUGAUAGGAGCAGAGUGGUGCGGUGA